CUUGCCUGAAGCAACUUUUCCCACAAACAGACAAAAAUCCCCCGAGCCCUAAUCUUGGCGAGGAGACAAAAAUCAAAGAAAGAAGAACGGUUCUCUACGAUUUUCCCUCCGCUUUUCUUCCAUUUUCGUUAUCUUUUUCUCGUCGAUUUUUCCUUUUUAAUAUUUAACUUUUGUUUUUUCGGUUAGGAGCGAAACUCUUUUUUUUUUUUUUUUAAUGGCGAGCGAUUCCGGGCUCAGCGGUGGCGAUUCCUACAUUGGAAGCUUCAUUAGCCUUGUUUCUAAGUACGAAAUACGUUACGAAGGCGUUCUCUAUUACCUCAAUGGUCAGGAUUCUACUCUCGGCCUCAAAAACGUUAGGUCGUAUGGUACGGAAGGAAGGAGGAAAGAGGGUCCACAAAUUCCUCCAAGCGAUAAGGUGUAUGAAUACAUACUGUUUAGAGGAAGUGACAUUAAGGAUUUACAAGUUAAGUCAACCCCGCCUACCCAGACUGAAGAACAGAUCUACAAUGAUCCUGCUAUUAUCCAGUCACAUGCAGGUACCCCUGUUAGUGUUUCACCAUCAGCAUUAACUGGUUUGCCAGAUUCAACGAGGUGGCAGGAUACCCCAGCUUUGUUCAGUAGAGGCUAUCCUAGCUUGUUGUCUUCAAAUCAGUCUGUUGGCCAAGCAGUUCCAUUGGAACUUCCACCAAUGAUUAAAACUACUAAUCUCCCAUCUCCUUCUAUGGCAAUGUUGUAUAAUGGGACAUCUAUUGACAUUUCACAUUCUCCGCAGAAUCAAUUUACUGUUCAAGCCCCUUCCCUAAUGUCGCAUCUCUUGACAGCACAGCAAGUGCUGCAGUCUCCUAAUAUUGGGGCAUCUACAGCUAUGAGUUUGACUGAUGCAUCAGAAUGUAUAAUUCCUGUAUCUUCAUCUUCUACUUCUACCUCUGUACAUCCAAAAUUUUCACCCUCACUUACUCCUGUACAAUUUUCUAUGUCUCUUGAUAAGCCAUCAUCCUUGCCCAAACAGGCAUUUCAACCAUCUCAUCAUAAUGAACUAUCUAUGACUUCAUUUGCUUCACCUCGCCAAGACUUUAACGUAAAUGAAACUGAAAUUGCUGGCAAACCUGUUUCUAACUCAAUGCCUGUCUUACCUGUCCAGUCAGUUCCGUAUUCUGUAUCUUCUUUUAUGGGUUUGAAUUCAAGUCCCUCGCAAUCACAAUCCUCAUCUUUGGUAACUCCAGACCAAUUAACACAGUCUGGACUGUAUAAUCUAUCUUCUACACAGGAAGUGUUCCCGGAGCAGAAAGAUGUGGGUGCUUUUCCACCAGCAUCAUCUACUUUGCCCUUGAUUCCUACUCCUGUAACUCAACCGCCAUUACUGCCACUUCCAGAUUCCAUUCAAAAGUCUCAAUAUGCUAAAGCACAGUAUACUGAAGAGUUUGAUUUUAUGGCCAUGAAUGAGAAGUUUAAGAAGGAUGAAGUAUGGGGUCACCUUGGAAAGGGAAAAGAAAAGGAUAAAACAGAGGGAGCAGAGGAAAGAGCAACUGGUCAUAACUUGGAAGGCAUAGAAGGUCAGGGUCUGGUAGCCAACCAAAAGCCUGCAUAUAACAAGGAUGAAUUCUUUGACACAAUUUCAUGUAAUUCACUCAACCGUGGACAAAGGAAUGUGCAGAAUCUGUUUUCUGAGCGGAUGAAGCUGGAUACUGAGACAUUUGGCUUCCAACAGAGACCUAAUUUUGGAUAUGGUGGUUAUGGUUAUGGUCGUGGUCGUGGUGAUGCUUUCCGGGGUUCACAUAACUGGGGGAGGGGAUACGUCCAUGGUAGGAGAGGACGUGGUGGUAAUGUUCCGUUCUAAUCCCAAUCAAACAUUUUGAUGUCUCUGAAAAUACCAUGGUUUGUUUCUGCGAGUCACAGAUCUUUCUUCUCGUCUCUUACACUCUUAGUAGUCCUUUGCUUAACGAGUGUUGGAUAGCAAAGAUAAUAUUGUAAACAUCUUUUGUGUUUCUUUUUCUUUUCUUUUUUUUUUUUUUUUCCCUCGUUAAGAUGCUUGGGUAAGGGAGUCAAAGUACCCAUUAUUGCUAGUUCAUGUCUUUUUUUGGUGCCCAUGAACUUGCAUUUACCAUCUUCUGUUUCAAGAUUCUGUUGUCCUUGAAAUAAAUUGUUAGAAAGGAAAUCAAUUUUCCACGUUCUGGAUUAGCCGUAGCUUUUACAGUUUCUGGCUUUUUAGUUUUUGUGGCUAUUUUAUCAUACGUGCAUAUAUGAACAAAUUUGGAGCAGUUUAGGCCAUUUUCGUUAGGUUGGGUUAGACUGGAUUCGGUUCUUAUAAGUGAUUGCAUUGGAAUGUAUAUAAUUUUAUAUUUUGUCCUA